GCUUCUUCACGAGGAAUGCCCCAAAAAAAGGAGGAAAGAAAGACGAUUGAUUCAUCUGAUUCCCUUCGCUUCUCUGCUGAGACAAUGUCGUGAAAAAGCUCGAUCCUUUCUUUUAGGGGUGACACCAAGACGAAGACGAAGAAGAGAUCUCGUCCUCUCGAAAAUGUCUCGCGAAGGUCUGGAGAUCAAGGUGGUGGAUCCGCCGACAAGCAACGUCUCCGCCGCGCAAACUUCUGCGGGGGCUCGCGGGGGGAGGCAGCGCGCUUCUUUCGCGGAGUUUCGGCCUUUCAAGCUUUGGUUCCCGUGGCUGGUUCCGGCUAUCGUGGUGGCCAACAUUGUGCUUUUUGCUGUCUCGAUGUUCAUCAACGAUUGCCCUAAGAACUCGCAAAAGUGCUCGGCUAGGUUUCUCGGGAGAUUCGCGUUUCAGCCGAUGAAGGAGAAUCCUCUCCUGGGUCCCUCUUCUACGACAUUAGAGAAGAUGGGGGCUUUAGAGGUAACAAUGGUGGUGGAUAAGCACCAAGUGUGGCGCUUGUUCACUUGUAUAUGGCUACACGCUGGUGUUUUCCAUGUCCUUGCCAACAUGUUGAGCCUUAUCUUCAUCGGUAUUCGGCUCGAGCAAGAGUUUGGAUUCGUACGCAUUGGAUUGCUUUAUAUGAUUUCUGGAUUUGGUGGGAGUUUGUUAUCAUCUCUCUUUAACCGGGAGGGUAUAUCCGUUGGUGCCUCUGGUGCAUUAUUCGGUUUGCUUGGCGCUAUGCUUUCAGAGCUUCUCACUAACUGGACUAUAUACGCAAAUAAGUUUGCAGCUCUUUUGACACUCAUCUUCAUCAUAUCCAUUAAUCUAGCAGUAGGUAUUCUUCCGCAUGUAGACAACUUUGCCCAUCUCGGAGGAUUCACUUCCGGGUUUCUUCUAGGCUUUGUUUUCUUGAUCCGUCCUCAGUAUGGAUACUUCAACCAGAGGAACAACCCUCGUGGCUACGCUGCACCUUCUGCUAAAUCCAAACACAAGCCGUACCAAUACGUUCUCUGGAUCACUUCUUUAUUGCUUUUGAUUGCAGGAUAUACCGUUGGGCUCAUUGUGCUUCUCCGAGGGACGGAUUUGAACAAGCAUUGUUCUUGGUGCCAUUAUCUCAGUUGUAUGCCUACCUCGCUAUGGAACUGUAAAUCUCAAAAUAUGUACUGUAAGUCGAGCCAGAUUGGGAAGCAGAUGAACUUGACGUGUAUAGCUAACGGGAGAACAGAGAUGUACACGCUUGGUAACGAGAACCAGUCUCAGAUUCAGCAGAUGUGUUCCCAGUUAUGCAGCUGAUACCACCACCACUAAAACAUCUAAUUGCUUUUUAGACAGUAGGGAAUAUCUUGGAAAGGGACAAAGAUGGUUCAUUUAAUUUGAUUGUUCUUCGUUGAUCACUUUCUUGUUCUAUUGCAUAUGUCAGACUAUUCGUAUUUAUAAGAAUCAGUAACAAUGAAGCUGAGGGUAAAAGACAACUUUUGUUGCGGUGCA